AUGAGAAAUAGUAGAAAAAGAAGAAGGAGAAGAAGAAUGACACACCUUUUUCCCUCGGGAGUGAUGUGCUUCAUCGCACAUUUUCACACGUUCUCUGCUGUUAAGGGGACAAAAUGCAUACGUGAAGGAUGUAAAAAUGGGAACGUAAAGUUGAAAAGAUAUAUCAGUUAUUACUCCUUACAAAAUCAAGGAAGUUUAAAAAGUGUGGAUGAUGAGACUUUUAAUUUGCUAUUAUCGAAUUAUAAAAAUAAAAAUUGUCUAAACUUAUCUGUAAGUAAUAACAUGAUACCAAAAUAUUUGCAAGAAUAUUUUAUGUAUGACCUAAAUAAAAAUCUGUACUUUGAUAGAAAACAUUUAAAAAUGAUUGAAAAUACGGCAUUAAGUACAUUCAAUUUGGAGCCAAAAUAUUGGGGGGGGGUGUUCAGCGUGAAUACCACUGAUGAUUGUAGAUCUAGCGAGAUAGAUGAUUACUUUCUUUUGAAAUUAUUUCGAAAUUUUAUAAAUUACAAAGCUAAAAUAAUGAACAUAAGUUUUGCAUUAUCAGAGGAGGGAGGAAAAAAUACUGAAAGCGAUCCGAAUGCAUGUAAUAUUAUAGAAAAUUUUUAUGACAUUAUUCAUGUAAGAAUUAAGGACAGAAUAGAUUAUGAAGAAAUAAGGAAAAAAUAUGAAGCCUUUAAGCCACAAUUGAUGCACAUUGACGAAACAAAUAACCCGUACAAUUUUAAUUACGAAUUUGUUAACAAUUUGAGAGGUAUAAAUAAAUGUAUUGUUAUAACAAAUAUGAGCAAUAAGGCAAGUUUAAUCUCACAAAAUUUGAUACCUUCUCCUUUUAAUUACUCAGAUAUGGUAUACACAUAUUAUAACGAAAAUAUGAGAGCACAUAAUUGUUAUAUUAUUUUUUAUAAAAAAGGAUAUAAGCAUGUGGACAAAGGAGGGAAAUUAAUUCAAUAUGAAUAUGAAAAAAAGUUAAAAAAUUCCUUUUUUCCCAAUUGUGUAAAUAACACUAUUUUUUCUCUACUCACAUCAUUUAAAUUAAUGAAAAAUUGUGAAUUUAAAGAAUAUUUAAGUCAGUCCCAAGAAAACACAUUUGCUCUUUUCACUCACGUAAAUAAAAACUUUUUUAGUAUACGUUAUUCGAAAAAUAGCAACUUUUUAAAUUUAAAUUGUAGAAACUGUAUUUUUAAUGUAUAUGAGUUUCAUGAAUUAUGCAAAGAAUUAAAUAUCUUUUUUGAUAUUCUUAACCCAAAUAAGUACGCUCAGACGUCUUUUAAUAUUGGGACAAAUUAUUUGACAAGUAUUGGUCUGCUACAGAAUGAUAUGAAGACCGUGGCGGAGUUUAUUAAUAGGACUCACUACUUAUAUUUUUCCAUAAAACGACAGAUCAAAUGCUCAAGUAUUGAAUUUUCUCAAUAUUUAAAAUGCAAUAAUUCAGAGUUUCCCGAUAUGUUAUCUCUUUCAAACGACAUUUAUUGUUUCAUUACAUCUUUUCCUUCAAUGUAG